UUUCAUACAAAUAUAAAGUAUUCUUAUUCACAGAUAUUAAUUAGAUAAAGCGUAAUCUAACUUAUAUUAAUUUUUACGUUAUUUAUCGACAAUAUGAUAAAAAAAUAUUAGCAAAUUGCGUAAAAACUAGAAAGUCAAAAAAUCAUCGAAGAAGAAAUGCUUUUUGCAGGUAUAUAUAUAUAUAUAUAUAUAUAUAUAUAUAUAUACGUAUAAUCUUGAAAUCGCGGUUAAAUUUUAUAUAAUUUAAAAAGAUGAAGAAGAUGAAGGAGAGGUAAAAAAGAAGGGUGAAAGAAUAGACUAAUAUGUAAUAUUUGAACGUUGUUCAAAAUUUUUUUAUGUUUUUUAUUUGUAAAGAUUGCAAAUUUUUAAUUGCGAUAAGCAGCGAUGAAUAAUUUCCAAUAAUUUUGAAUUAGAUACGAAAAUUUAAACUAGCACGAAUAGCCUGUUCAUUUUGGAAAUUAUAAAUUAUAUUAUAUUAUAAUUACGUUAAAAAAUCGAAGUUUAUAGGAAGAAAUAUACACUUGUACAAGGAUAUCGAUAGAUAAUAAUAGGAAUAGUGGAAAUUUCAAAAACAGAAAGUUAAUUAGAAGUGCAAACUAUGAGGGAAAGGCAAGGGAUGAACGAGGAUAUAGUCGAGAGACGUUUUUAACGUAGCAGUUAUCAGUAUUAAAACGUGUUUGUACUCUCGAGAUCACAACUGUCGUGAUACAUUAUACAUAUUCUACUUCAUCAUUAAGGUGCGUACUUUCAUUAUAUUGGAAAUCAAACGAAAGAUGAUUGUGUUUCUUUAUUUCAAUUGCAAUCAAAAUUAUAUCGUUAUCGAACAUAAUUAUAUCGUUUAAUUUUCUAUGGUUUAUUAUUAUCGAAAAUAUUUCGUUCUCGUUUUUACACGUUAAUCGAUGUUUACUCGAUAUCUGGUUUAGCGUUGUUUCAAUGUAUAACGAAGAUAAGUUCUUGCAUUCUCAUAUAUAAACGAUGAAAUUUAUAUAAAAUAAUAUCAGAUAUAUUAACAUGUAGCAUCUAUUUCACAAAUUUUUUCGCGCGAAUGAAUAAUUGAAAAUUUGAAAAAAAAAUUUUUUUUAAUUCUAUCUCUUAUUUUUUUCUUCUUUUUGCUUUGAGAAAAUAUAUAGUCAAAUAUAGAUGUUACAGGCCAGUAAAUAUUACGCGUAAAAAUGAAAAAAAAAAAAAGGAAUAGACUACCAGGAAGUAAAUAACAAACCAUGUUAAAAACGUAAUAGGUAGAAAAAAUAUAUGUAUUCUUUGCGCGAUAAAUCAUGCGUUUGAUCGAUUUUUUCCAUCGAUCUUUCAACUAGCGGGAUAUAUAUUACGUUAUACAAAGUACAUUGUGGAAGUUACGUAAAGAGUAUCGUUGAAGGGAACAUUUUUGUCGCCAACUACGCGGUAACUGUGAAAAUUGUAGUCGCACGGUAAACGUCCCUAAGUCCAAUUGCAACCAUCGAUCAGUAUUCUCAAACAAUGCGUUUCCUACAUUCAAGAAAAUAUUCGGUUUAACGACUACCACUUUGGACAGUUUAAGUUACUUUGUUUCUUGAAUCUUUUGUUUCGUUAGAAUCAUCAUUCUUGCGACUGGUAAGAAUUUAAAUUCGCUCGCGUCUUCUUUCUUUUUUUUUUUCUUCUCAUUCUUAUUCCGAAUUCGAAGAAUAUUCGUCUUAUUGAACGGAAGAAAUCUUUCGUACAACUGGAGUUUUUUUUUCUUUUACGUAUCAACGCAACAUUACUUUUAUCAUUCUAUAAAUUCGUUUUUUGCGUUUCGGUUGAUCGCUUUCGUAAAUAAGAAAGAAGCGUCGCAGAAGUGGAUGUCGAUUUCGAAAUAAAUUGUGAAAAUUUCGAUAUUUCAGAUUAAGCAGGUAAAUCUUUUAUAUUUUCCAUAGAACAGUUAUACAAGUAUAUUCUAAUAAUUACAUCAUUUGAUAUUCUUGUUUCAGGGUAUUCGCUGAUUCGAAGGAACAGAAUAAAUUUGAAAGAAAAAUGAAAAAAUAAUCGCAUUACCUAUCGAUAAAAUGGUUAGUUGUUGCCACUUAAAAUCGUAUCGGAUAUCUAACAGAGUCGUCAUCGAGGGAGAAGAAGGUGACUUUUGAAGGUCGCGAAAUCAGAGUCUAAAGAGUUAUCACGCGAUAAUGUCGUAGUCUGCUUGACCGUCCAUAAUCUGUUUUUAGUGCAGUGGUAGUAAGAAUCGCGACAACAAUCCGCGAAUCGGUCGUUCUAUUGUAUAAUUAUUAAGAAUUGUCUUUCAAACAAAGCAGCAUCGUAAUUAUCAAAUAAUAGAGACAAUGUUUGAAACGGAAGGAAGAAAUUUAUGAAACUGGAACGAAAAUUUGCAUCGUUAUUUUAUUAGAGAUUUUUCGUUGUUGUUCCUGACACUCAUUCUUAUCCCAUUUCAAACACGAUCAGUUAAAGAAUGUCGAAGAAGCAAUGGUUGGUCCUGUUGAUGCUGUUCUUGACAUACUUGUUACUAGGUGCUUCCAUUUUCUACCAUAUCGAGAGCCGCUUAGAGAUCGACCGCAUUGAAAAAGACAAACAUGAACGCAUCAAAAUUAACGCUUUGCUACACACGCAUUAUGUACCGAAUCUUAGUCACGAUCACGAUGAAAUUCUCGAGAACUUGACACGAUACUGCGGAAAAUCAGUUUAUAAUUAUACCGAAGGCGAUUAUCCCCUUAAAUGGGAUUUUUAUAAUAGUUUUUAUUUCGCUUAUACCGUCGUCAGCACAAUAGGUUACGGGAAUUUGGCUCCAACGAACAGGCUCAGUCGCAUCCUGAUGAUAUUUUAUGGUCUGAUAGGCAUACCUAUGAAUGGAAUUUUGUUGACACAAUUGGGAGAAUUUUUUGGCCGUGUAUUCGUUAAAGCUCAUGAAAAAUAUAAAUCUUAUAAGCAUGGCCGUGACAAUUAUUAUCCUAAAAAAUUAACAACGUUCGAAACGAGAAAAGCUGGAUUGGCUGCACAAAUAUUUGCUCACUUGUUGCCAGGUUUCGUCAUGUUCAUCUUUUUCCCAGCAUUUCUUUUCUCUCAUUACGAGGGUUGGAGUUACGAAGAAGCUGUUUAUUACGCUUUCGUCACAUUGACCACCAUUGGUUUUGGAGAUUACGUGGCAGGGCAGGACAAUAGCAAGGGUAGCGGAUUUUUCUUUAUAUUAUACAAGAUCUUUCUGAUUUGUUGGAUUUCCUUUGGACUGGGAUACACCGUCAUGAUCAUGACAUUUAUCACGCGAGGUAUGCGAAGUAAGAAGAUUACUAGAAUAGAGCGUAAAUUAGCUAUCAAUUUGAAGCACACGCAAAGUAAAAUAUGGAAUGAAUUCAAUAAGGAAAUAAAUUAUUUACGCCGUGUUUUCAACGAGUUGCAAUUAUCUAAAGUUAAGAGAAUAUACGUUGACGAAUGUAAUUACGAGAUUCCACCGUCUAAAUUUUGUCGUAGCAACAGUUUUCCCGAUCUUCGAGAUUUGUUGUACGCCUCAAAAGAGAAAGAUGAAAUGUAUCAGAGACCUCGACGACGCGCCAAUAGCGAAGUGGUUCCAAUGGAAAAUCAAGUAACGCGCGUCGUUUCUGAAACCGAUCUUCAAAGAAUCGAUAAAACAGCAACAUUCGCAACUCAUGCAAUGGUUCAACCAGCAGAAUUGUUGGCAAGAUUGGUGAAUAUUCUUGGUUAUAUACCACCAGCUACCGAAGAUAUGGGAGCCGAUGGUUCAAAUCAGACAACUUACGUUGGCCAGGAACAAGUCGGAUAUCACAGUGACAAACUCGAAGAAAAUAAAGAGAUUUUUGAAAGAGAAUCGAUUCACGCGUCCAAUACCGGAUCUAGAAUCUGGACAAUCGGGCACGAAAAGAUACCGCGAUUCGUAAGACCUCGUUCGAGAGCAGCAAGUGAGAUUAGAAUACAAGAAACGAAAAACGAGGAUCGAAACAUCGAACGAACUUGGUCCGGACCAACAGCGGCUAGAAAGAUUCAGGAAUUGAUGAAAUCCCGUGUAAAUGAAUCAUCGGGCAAAGAACGUGACAUUAAAGAUACCAAAUUCUCUAAACUUCGCAAUUUUGCAUUAACAAAAAACGUUCCUAAAGCAUUGAUCUCGUCCAGCCCUUGGAAAAAUCGUUUCUCGAUAAGUUCGGAAAAAAAAAUCUCCGAAUUCGAUCGCAAUAUUAACGGUAAAGACUUGGCCGGACAAGGAUCUUUGUCGAUCGAUGAUAGACGAGAGUCGAUCCCAACCAAUUUAAAUCCACAAAGAUAUUAUUACACGCAUACCGGCGCGGCUAACAAUUUCAACAACAAUGUUAAUAAUAAUGUACUCGAAGAGACCAGUUUGGCCGAUUUUUUGAGAGCCCUUACCGUUCUUCACGCUAGCGUUGCUGUCAACAACGGUAAUUGGACCUCUGCUACGAACGAAGAUCAGAUUCGUCGUGAUCAACCUCGAAGAAAAUUAGGCACCGCUUCUUUAACACCGCCGAAACUUCCUAGCUUGUUUACCUUAUUUUCACCAUCUCCACCCGUAUCAACCACUCAAAGUAAUCAAAACACUAUUACGCAAGAAUCUAAUAUAAACUGGAACGAAGAUAAACUACCUUGGUUUCAAACAACAAGACGAGAAUCGAGAAGAGGUAGUUUAGCGUUUGCUCAUCCUACCAUGGCUGCCAAAUCGAGACGAUUUUCUUUGAGACCUGUAGCAACACCUGUCAGUCCACCGACGCCUCCGAAAAAUGACUCACCAUUCUUAUCGAAAACUAAAUCAACGUUUUUGUUCGAAUCCCCUAAAGAGCCUCUUAUUCUAACAGAGAGAACACCAGGUUUUUCAACGCCGAUCAAAUCAACCUUGAGCGAUCGUCGUUUCUCGUUACGACCAGCUCAAAAUCCGAACGUUAAUUUAAAAGGAGGUAAUACUUCUAUCGUUUCUACGCAAAAAGUUGCACCUCGUUGGAAGGCUGGUAUAUUGCAACGACAAAUCGGUCAAAUGAAUCUUCGACGUCGAGCCAGAGCGUUCAGUUUGAGCGACGUUCACAUCGAAGAUCACGGAGAAAGAGCCGAACCUUUUCAUUUAUCAUCUAAUAUUAUUUACAAAAAAAAUAAUCACGAUACAAUUUAUAAAAAUCCUAAAACCGGUGAAUUUGCAUCAUCGAUCGAAAAUUCGGGUCAAUUCGCAUCUUUGGUUUCCAAUUCGGAACGAUAUUCACCGCUUUCACAAGAAAUUAUUUCUACGAAUUCUGUUCGCCUCGAGGAAAAGAACGUACGAAUCAUCGAUCCACAAUCACAUUCCAUCGUACACACAAUUCCUAUCGAGAAUGUCGAUGAUCGUUCGAACGAAUCUACAUCUAAUUCUCGUUUAAGCGAUCGAAUAGAAUCAACUUUGUGUAAAGAUGCCCGAAUAAGUACAAAAAAACAAGUAUCAUCGAAUGAUUCUUUCACUAAUAAUUCUACUUCUCAAUAUAAUUUAUUUACUAAUAUCGACGCAGAAUCACAAGAACCAUUGGUGGAAGUAAAAAUAGAAAAUUCCAGUACAAAUAUCAUUUCCGAUCCGUUUAAAACAGUUACACCCGAUGUUUCUUCGCAUCAUUCGUUAGAUUCUCUUGCAGAGUUCAAAACCGAGAAGCACAAAUCACACUUGCCUAUCGAUAAAUCGUGACACAGACUUUUCGUUCAUUUCGUUCAAAACGGAUUUAUUAAUCGGACAAUAAUAGAACAAUCGCAAAUCGUGUUCAUUUUCGAUGUAAUUAAUUCUACGAUUCUCUUUCAUCAUUCUUUCAAGUGAAAAAAUGAUAAUUUCGAACAACAUACGAGAUACGUUAUAGGGAUACGAUGACGAUACAAAGUACUUAU